AUGGACAUGGUGGGAAAGUUCAAGACAGCCCCUAGCGGGUAUACUUACCUCCUCGUCGCCGUGGACAAGUUCACCAAAUGGGUGGAAGCGAAGCCCAUCAAAAAGUGCGACGGCAAAAUGGCCACCAAAUUCCUACGGGAGUUGAUAUACUGCUACGGAUACCCUCAUAGCAUCAUCACCGACAACGGCACGAACUCCACCAAAGGCGAAAUGGCCAAUUUCUAUGAAGAAAACGGCAUCCAACUCGACCUUGCCUCAGUCGCACACCCCGAGUCGAACGGGCAGGCAGAAAGGGCGAACCAGAGCAUCCUCCAUGGAAUUAAACCACGGCUAGUGGUACCCCUGGAACGCGCAGCCGGAUGCUGGGCGGAAGAACUCCCUUCUGUACUUUGGGGCAUCCGCACAACACCAAACAGAUCGACCGACUACACACCCUUCUUCCUGGUGUAUGGCGCCGAAGCAGUCAUGCCUACUGACAUCGCCCACGACUCACCACGAGUGGUUAACUACGCUGCGGAAGAGAACGAGCGCGCAAGGCAAGACGACGUCGACCUCCUCAACGAGGCACGGGACCUCUCACUCUCCAGGACGACCAUCUACCAGCAAGGCCUUCGACGCUACCACAGUCGCCGCGUCCGCAGUCGCUCAUUCCAGGAAGGCGACCUCGUCCUUCGGUUAAUCCAGGACAAGAAAGGCAUGCACAAAUUAUCUCCUCCAUGGGAAGGACCAUUCGCCAUCAGCCGAGCCCUCGGCAACGACACCUACUACCUCAUCGAUGCCCGCAAGGACGACAACGGCGAGCCCCUCACCAGGGAGGUCGAACGCCUCUGGAACGUCAACCUCCUCCGGCGAUUCUACACCUAG